AUGGCAGCAGUAUGCUUCUGCGCAACCAUAGGACCCACUAGACUGGAAUACGCAAGUAGAUACACGACAACACAUUUGUACAACAAAGCAUACAGCUACAUCAACCUCGACGGACUGAACAAAUACAUCAAGGGAGAAUUCCGGGAAACACGGCCCAGGAACAACUCCUGA